UCCUACUUCCGUACACAAACGACUCGGCUGAUGACGUGUACUGUCCGGGUACCGUUAGCUAGCGUGCUAGCGCUGCCACCUGUCAGAAUAACGGGUUUAUCGAGACACUGACCACAUACAAUAAAGUAGAAGGGGACGCGGAGCGUUUCACCACAUCGGGGACCAUGGAGACUCUUUACCACCAGACCAACAAACACAUCCAGGAGGUUCAGUCCAUGAUGGGACACCUGGAGAAGACGGACCGCCAGUCGGUGCACUUGUUGGAGAAUGACCUGCAGGCGAGAAUCGACCAGAUCUUCAACCAUCUCGAACGCCUGGAGAUCCUGGUGAGCAAGGAGCCGCUGAACCGCCGGCAGAACGCCAAAUUGCGAGUGGACCAGCUUAAAUACGACGUGCAGCACCUCCGCACCGCUCUGCAGAACUUCCAGCACCGACGCUACGACAGAGAGGCCCAGGAGAGAGAGCGGGAAGAGCUCAUGAGUCGCACCUUCACGACCAACGACGCGGACACGUCCAUCCCCAUGGACGAGACCCUACAGCAGAACUCCAACUUGCACAACGCGCACAGAGGCAUGGACGACCUCCUGGGCAGCAGCAGCAGCAUCCUGAACGGACUCCGAGAUCAACGAUCCACGCUGAAGGGGACCCACAAGAAGAUGCUGGACGUGGCCAACAUGUUGGGGCUGUCGAACACGGUGAUGAGGCUGAUCGAGAGGCGAGCCACCACAGACAAGUUCAUCAUGAUCGGAGGAAUGCUGCUGACCUGCGUCUUCAUGUUCCUGGUGAUCAGAUACCUCGGCUGAUCGCCAUCCGCCGCCGCUGCUCAGCCGUGGCGCACCGUCCCUUGUGAUAUGAAACGUGGCAGAGCAAAAAAAAAUUAGGAUAAAAAAUAAAGUAAUUUUUUAUAAAAAGUGCCAUUACAGCAGUAUUUUAUUCCACUUGAAAGCUCCAAGAGCGCGUCGGACUUUAUGCUGCUUUUCCUCAGAUUACUGCCACACGUUUUUUUUUUUCUAUCAAAACCACUCUGAAGCUGUAAAUUCUCAAAAAUACCUUAACCAGAUAUUUAUACUCAACAGGCUUUUUGUCUCUAGUUAAAAAAACAUGUUCUGUUCCUUCAUCUGUGACUGUGUUGAUAGAGAAAUAGAAAAAAUUGUGUGGAAAUAACCACAUAGUGCUCCAUAUUUCUUUACAUUGCAUCUCAAUUAAUGAAAUGUGUUUUGAUGUUUACUCAAUGCAGUCAAAUACAACGGUCCAGCAAUAAGUUCUACCUUCGUGAAUGUUGUAAUUAUUAAUAAUAAUAUUAGUUUACAGUGUAAUUAAAUUGUUGAUUUAGCUUUAUCAUUAUUAAUAAGAAUGUUGUUUGUGUUAUUUAGCCUUACCUUGUUGAUACAAAAUGACUAAGGCGCCUCUGUGUAACAACAUAAACUGCAGCCUCAAAAAUAUAUCAUUCAGUUCAAUCAAUAACUUCUGAAAACUGUUGAUAAAAAACAUUAAAAAACCUUAAUGAAGGUAGGAUUUCCUGCAGGACUGUUGUAUCAGACUGUUGAGCUAAGUGUUCCUAAUAAACUGAGCAUAAUUGUAUCCAGGAUUAAGCAGCGGCGAUAAAUAGGAUGGCGACAAACAAACUGUUGAGAAAAGAAAUGGAAGCAGCAGUCAUUUUUGUAAUUGUUCUCCACUUUCUCUUGGGUUGAUGCUUGUGUCUAGUCUCGCUAUGUGAGUGAUUUAAUUCUCUUCAUGGAAUAAUAAAAAAAAAACAUGUUUGA